AUUCAGUUGAGUCUCUCACCAGUAAUGUUGCUCUAUACACAUGUUCUGUGACUUUCCAAAAAAAAAAAUACACAUGUUCUGUGACUUUCCUUUCUGUUUUUUUCCAUAAUAAAAUAUGCAAGUACUUGAUAAUAUAAAAAAUGAUGAUACCUACUGCGUAGAACACAUCUAUGAUCUCUCACGCUCUCCACUUUUCUCCAAGAGGACGCAACAGCUGCAGAAGUCUCAACUGAAACAACGCAACAAAAAGAAGUCCAAAAUGCCUUUUUCUAUAACUAUAACUCUCGUGAUCCUCUCCGUGUUACUACUUUCCUCGUCUCUCAGCGGCGUUUCAGCGACGGAGACGAAGGGGAACGAUGCGGAAGUUCAACGGAUGUACGAGCGGUGGCUUGUGGAGAAUCGGAAGAACUAUAACGCUCUUGGGGAGAAAGAGAGACGAUUCAACAUCUUCAAAGACAACGUGAAGUUGGUAGAAGCACAUAACUCGGUCCCGGACCGGACUUACGAACUCGGGUUGACCCGGUUUGCGGAUCUAACCGAUGAUGAGUUUCGAGCUAUUCACUUGAGUGGGAGGAAGAUGGUAAGAUCAAGCGAUCCAGUGAUAGGAGAAAGGUAUUUAUACAAGGAAGGAGACGUAUUGCCUGAUGAAGUUGACUGGAGAGAGAAAGGUGCGGUUGUUCCAGUCAAAGACCAAGGAGACUGUGGUAUGUGUGUUGUGUUCAAUAUUUCCUAUAGCAUUAUAUUUAUUUAUUUAUUUAUUUUGCUGUUGAGAUUGCGAUUGCGGUUGAUAAAAACAGGAGGUUGUUGGGCGUUUGCGGCGGUUGGAGCGGUGGAGGGUUUAAACAAGAUCAAGACAGGAGAAUUAGUAUCUUUGUCGGAACAAGAACUCAUGGAUUGUGACAGAGGGGGAGAUUCCGGUAACUUUGGAUGUUUGGGAGGUAACGCAGCUGACGCUUUUGAGUUCAUUAUCGAAAACGGUGGUAUUGUAACGGAUAAAGUUUACCCUUAUACUGAGAAUGAUACUGCCGCGUGCAAGGCCAUUGAGAUGGUUACCACUCGGUAUGUUACCAUUGAUAGUUAUGAGGAUGCUCCUCAUAACGAUGAGAUGUCUUUGAAGAAAGCUGUGGCUCAUCAACCUAUUAGUGUUAUGAUUGAGGCCGAAAACAUGAAACUCUACAAAUCUGGUGUGUUUACAGGACCAUGUGACCAUUGGUAUGGAAACCACAAUGUGGUAGUCGUGGGGUAUGGAACGACAGAAAAAGGUGAAGACUAUUGGAUUAUUCGUAACUCAUGGGGACCAAACUGGGGUGAAAGUGGAUACCUUAAGCUCCAACGUAACUUUCAUAAUUCAACCGGGAACUGUGGAAUCGCAAUACGGCCUGUAUACCCACUCAAGUCAAACUCAGCAUUUGGUUUGUUGUCUCCAAGUGUGUUUAACUUGGGGGUUUUGUUUGUUUUAAUUGGUUGGGCCUUGUUCUGAGGUAGACUUUGUAAACCUCUAACUAACAAGCCGUUCUGAGGUAGACCAAACUGUCGGUGUGUGUAUGUUGUUUGUUAUCUUUAAUUUCGUUCAAUCCUCUCAUCAAGGGUUUUUGAGAAUUAUUUUAAGGCUUUCAUGUUCUUCCAUUGUUCAGAAUUAAUAAUAAAAAAAGAGAGAGCGAC